GCGGCUGCGGCGGCGAAGGCAUGGUGCCGCUGAGGGUCCUGGAGCUGUACAACGGCAUCGGCGGCAUGCACCAUGCGCUGAGAGAAAGCUGUAUACCUGCACAGGUGGUGGCCGCCAUUGAUGUAAACACUGUUGCUAAUGAGGUAUACAAGUAUAAUUUUCCUCACACACCAUUACUGGCCAAGACAAUUGAAGGCAUUACACUGGAAGAGUUUGACAAAUUGUCUUUCAAUAUGAUUUUAAUGAGCCCUCCAUGUCAGCCAUUUACAAGAAUUGGCCUACAGGGUGAUAUGACUGAUCGAAGAACAAAUAGCUUCUUACAUAUUCUAGAUAUUCUCCCGAGAUUACAAAAAUUACCGAAGUAUAUUCUUUUAGAAAAUGUUAAAGGUUUUGAAAUAUCUUCUACAAGAGACCUGUUGAUAGAAACAAUAGAAAAUUGUGGCUUUCAGUAUCAAGAAUUUCUAUUAUCUCCAACUGCUCUGGGCAUCCCCAACUCACGGCUCCGGUACUUCCUCAUCACAAGGCUUCAGUCAGAGCCAUUACCCUUCCAUGCCCCAGGCCAGGUACUGAUGGAUUUUCCCAAAAUUGAAUCUGAACAGCCACAAAAACAUUCAAUAGGUGCAGAAAAUAGAAGUGAUGUAAAGCAAAUUGAACCCAAUACUUGUUUUGAUAGCCCACAGUGCUCUGCCAAAGAUAUUGUUAAACCCGCCUGCAGAAGGUCCAUGUGCUUCACCAAAGGUUAUGGAAGUUACGUGGAAGGGACAGGAUCCGUGUUACAGACUGCAGAGGAUGUACAGAUUGAGACUAUCUACAAAUCCCUUACCAGUUUGCCAGAAGAAGAACAGAUAACAAAGUUGUCAAUGCUUAAACUUCGAUGUUUCACUCCUAAAGAAAUAGCAAAUCUCCUUGGAUUUCCUCCAGAGUUUGGAUUUCCAAAGAAGAUAACCACAAAGCAGUGUUACUGUCUGCUUGGAAAUAGUCUCAAUGUUCAUGUAGUAGCUAAACUAAUCAAAAUCCUGUAUGAAUAAUUUUGAAAUAACUCUGAAACAUGGUUGUGGUAUUCCUUCAUCGCAGAUAAUAAUUCUGAAAUUCUAUUUUGAAUUAACUCUAAUGAAAUCAAAAUAAAGUAUUUUAAUCUCUAAUAAGAAAGUUAG